AUGUCGGGUUCGGGUUCGAGUUCACAAGCGAUAAUGCUACGACGCGGUGUAGCGGAGGCAGAUUCCGAGGGGCGAUACGAAAGGUACCACAUGACAGUAUCACACCCCCACCCCAUGAAAUUAGUCUAUGAUGGAAUUGAUACAGAUACUGGUGUACAAAUCUACUGGUGUAAGAUUGUCUUAGGACUUUCAACAGAAGAAGAAGUCAAGAAGAAGAAGAAAUUCAAAGAUUACUGUAUUGAGCCUAACUUGUUACAGUCUUUACAACAUGAAAAUAUAGUAAAAUGUUUCCAUUUUUGGCCUGAUGAAAAUCUGAAGACUGUUCAUAUGAUUACUGAGGCUUUUUCUUCAGAGAAUUUGAGGGAUUACAGUCUGAAAUACGAUCUUGUUGGUAAUAGGCAAACAAUCAGGAGAUGGUGUAAACAGAUUCUUUUAGCAUUGGACUAUCUUCACAGUCAAACCCCGCCGAUUAUACACCGUGAUGUUAGCCUGGAGAACAUCUUUAUUAAUGGGAAUACAGGCGAGGUUAAGCUAGGAGAGUUUGGUGCCGCGAUAAGGCUUGAAGAGGGUGCUGAUUUACAGGACUAUCCUGGUGCACUAGAGUACACGGCACCAGAGGUUUUUAUGUUGGACUAUGAUCAGCGGGCUGACAUGUAUUCUUUCGGGAUGUGUGUGAUUCAGAUGAUGAGUAGAGACAAGAUUUACAGCGAGUGCAGAAAUCGCGCUGAAGUUAAGUCGUGUGUUCAGAGAGGUGAAAGGCCUGCUGCGUUUGAGAAAGUGACAGAUCCUCAGAUUAGGCAUUUCAUUGACUGCUGUCUGAACCUUCCACAUGACAGAUCUGAAGCAUCUGAUCUGUUGAGAGACCCUUUGAUUCACUCGGAGGCUAAUUUUGAAGGCAUACGAACAGGGUUGAGCAGUGAAGGUAUAGCUGAUGCAGAUGAGAGGCUCCGCGGAAUGAUGCAGGGAGGAGGCAGAGGAAGAAGCAAGCCUGUUUGGCGUCAGAAGCUGUCAAAAAUGUCGUCGAUCAUACGCAAGAACUUGUGA